GUUACACUAUGACGGACGAAUCUAAACUGUGUCAUGACACCAAGCUACCUAGAAAACGCUUCUUUCGACAACGAGCUCAUGCCAAUCCUUUCUCUGAUCAUCAACUAGAAUAUCCUGCUCAUCCUUCAGAUAUGGAUUGGACAACGCAUUACCCACAUUUCGCCAACGACAAGACGAAAAAGAUUGAAUUUGCAGAUAUUGGUUGUGGUUAUGGAGGACUAUUGAUUGCAUUGGCUCCAUUGUUUCCUGAUACUUUAAUGAUGGGUAUGGAAAUUCGCAUGAAGGUUCAAGACUAUGUAUAUCAACGCAUCAAGGCUUUACGUGACACUCAUGCCGACACCAAGGGAUAUCAAAACGUAUCUAUUAUGCGAAUGAACGCCAUGAAAUUCUUGCCCAACUUUUUUGAAAAGGCUCAACUAAGCAAAAUCUUCUUCUUGUUCCCUGAUCCUCAUUUUAAACAACGAAAACACAAGGCUAGAAUCAUUAGUCCUACUUUAUUGGCAGAAUAUGCUUAUGCUUUAAAAGUGGGUGGGAUUCUUUAUACCAUUACGGAUGUCAAAGAUUUACAUUUAUGGAUGGUCAAGCAUUUGGAUGAACAUCCCUUAUUUGAACGUAUUCCUGAUGAAGAAUGUGAAUUGGAUCCUGUAGUUGAACAUGUGCGAACGGCAACGGAAGAAGGCAAAAAGGUGGCUAGGAAUCAAGGUGAUAAAUUCUUGGCUUGUUAUAGACGUAUCGAAGAUCCAUUAGAAUAGAACUUUUUUAUUUAUUCAUUACAUUUAUUGUUUUAUUGAAGAAAUGAUUUCCCC